CCACGCACACAGACAGAAAAGCAAGGAGCCCAACAUGACAGAAUUAUCGAUACACACACACUUCAUCGUCAAGCAGUCGACCAGAUAAUUCUACAUAAUUGCACACCCCUCUCCAUCCCUCUGUCUCAGUUGAUGCCGAGUGUCACCCACUGCCCCCGCUCGUCGAUGCGGCCCAGCUGCUGCCACCCAUCAAACUCACAGUCGGCACUGCCCCAAUGCUCGUUGAAGCCCUUGUUGAUAGCCCCCUCCUCUAUGCCGUGUCGGGCCGCCUCGUCCAGUCGGGCCCUCUGCACCACCUCACGCACACCCACACGGCCCCGUGUGUGGACCACCUGGUGUGGGCGGCUGUCGGCCCUGAGGGCGAAGCACUGCAGCGGCAUCCGCACCGUCACGCCGCCGACAUCGGCCGUCCCGCCCACCACCUCCCUGUUGCUGCUGGCAUACAGGGCCGACUUGACGAAGUGGUCGACGGCCGCACACACACGGCGGGCCAUGUCGCUGUUGCGGACGGUGAGGGUGGCAGCGAUGGUAUCGUUGGCGGCGUCUUGGUCGAAGCACAUGGCGGCGAUGCGCCAGCUGAUGGCCUCUGCCUCGUGUGGGCUGCAUGAGAGGGGGAGGGGGCAGGGUCUUCGCCAUCAUUGUGGUCGACGAGCGGCAGCAGGUGGGUUAGCAGGGCAGCCAGCGACCGCUGAGGGGCGAGGGCGGCAUUGAGAGCCGCCAUCGCCCCAGUGUGGAUGUCCGUGUUGAGCACUGCCGUGCACUGGGUCAGCACCAGGUUGCGACAACGGCGGUCCCCUGGCGUUGUUAUGGGAAGGCGGCCGAUGUCCGCCCCGCUUCGCAGCAAGCUGCGGAUGGUGGCCUCGUAAAGGGGGAUCUCGCCGCUGGCUCGGUUCCUGGUGUCUUGCGGUAGGUGGCCAGCUUGCGACACCCUAAUCGCUCCGUCAAGGCCACUGACGGCCAAAUACAGCGGUGUUUCGUUGUGCCAGCCCGUCGUCCCUCUCGUCCCUCUGUUGAUGUCCGCUGCUGCCACGCGGCGGCUCAGGAAAUCCGCCACAUAGGGAGAGCCGGCACCUGCCGCCACGUGCAGAGGUGUCAAUCCCCUAUUCACUGCCGUCACGUCGGAACCGUUCUCAACCAGCAGCUCGAGAUAUGAGUCGAUGAAGGCCUGCGAAUGGGGGCGUCGCUCGUUCCGGGCGGCCAUGUAUAUCAGAUUGCCGCCGUCCCGGCUUUCUUCGGCUGCGAGUGUGGGGUCGUACUGGAUGAACCGCCGGAAGAUCGACAGCAGCCGCUGCUCAUAGCCGGGGGACACCCGACGGCCGAAUCGGUCGAAGAUGGGCGUGGGCAGCUCCAUGAUAGGGGGCAUUCCAUACUGAAGCUCUUGACCUGCCGCCAAGAAGACGUUCGCGGCACUCUGAUUGCCCGCACAGACCGCCAUCCUGACGCUUUCGUAAGCCCCCCUCCCGUUGAUGCGGGCGCCUCCGUCGAUGAGGGCAUUCAAGAUGGCCGCCUCCAACUCAGGCGACGACCAGUGAGGCAAGGCGAGAGGCCACCAACGACCGUUGCUGUCUACAGCCUCGAUGAUGGCGUUGUCACUCAUGUUGUCGAUAGCAAGUGCAAGCAGCCGGUAUGGUCGCCCAGAACCGCCGCUGCCGCGUACCCGCAGCCUGGGCCGCAGGCAUGGCGCACUGUUCGGGUUUGCGCCAUCGCGUCGUAUGAGAUCCGUCACUUGCUGCUGGUGGGUGAAGGUGCGGAAGAGGAUGCCCUCAGUGAGCUGUCGGGUCUGACGAAGGACGACAAAGGGUGCAAUGGAUGCGUUCAUGCCAUCUCUCUUUCUCUGCCUCUGGGCUACCCCUACCGCAUCAGUGGUGGCAAGGUGUGUAGUUUGAUGCCUUAUGCCUUCGUAAAAGCCGUGCCCAAUCUCGAUGUCGCUGAGCCGCAGACAGUCAUCAGGCUGCUGGCCAUGCGCGCUGGAGGCCAUCACUCACGCGACCUGCUUACACGCAUCACACACAAAGGCAGAUCACACACGAUGCCUUCUCUGUCUCUGAGUGGACCUCUUCGCACCUUAUCAGUGAGUGUGUGAUUCGUCGAGUCGGUCUGCCGUGCAAGCCAUGCAGCAACACACACUGAGAGAUCAGCGAAGGAGAGCACGAUGUACUGCAAAGCAAGCAGAAACAAAACACACCGUCAUAGGUUCGCCUCCCUCGACGCACCUGCUGUUGCAGUUAACACUUCAAUCAGGAUUGACUGGAUCAGGUUUAGG